AUGACGAAGAUGGUGUGGCGGAUAAGCUGGUCUGUGUCACUCACGCUCCUCCUGGUGUCUCUAGUCGCAGCCUUGUCGCACAGCGACACGCCCACGAAUCUGAUCCUCAAUGGCGACAUGGAAGAGCCCGGUGUACGCGGCGACGCCAGCGUCGCAGGCCCGCUCACGCGCCGGCACAGGAAACGCCUCCCCUCCGCGUGGCACCUAGUUUCCGGGUCGAUUAAGUACGUGCGCCUCGAGCACUGGCCCGCAGCCUCCGGCGAUCAUAGCAUCGCUCUCAACGGCCACGGACCUGCGACUCUCGCGCAGCGUGUGGUAACCCGACCAGGCGAAUUCUACUUCGUGCACUUCGACCUCACUGGCGAUCCCGGUUUGGAAGACGAGGGCGCCGUGCGAUCGCUGCGGGUCAGCGUGAUAGACGAGGACAGUGGGGCGCCGGUUACCGCGCGAACAUACGAAUUCGACACCUUUUCGCACGGAGGUGCAGAGGAGGCGAAACGCAGUCGCGAAGGGAUGGGGUGGCGGUCGCACACGCUCGCGUUUGAAGCACCUGGCGUCGCUGUCACUCUGCUGUUCGCGUCGACAACUCCCGGAAUUCACGGCCCCGUUAUUGACAACGUGCGAGUGCACAAACAAAAUGCCACGUUAGCGUUCCUCCACUCGCCCAAUACGCUCUACCAUUCCCCCACAAUCGACACCGUGGGACCCGCCGCCACUCCCGAGGCGUGCGGGCGACGCUGCCUCGAGAUUCCCAACUGCCGCGGCUUCUCUAUUGACAUCCCCGUUCCCGGUUUAAGCGACGGUUUGGUACAGUGUUAUUUGAAGAUGCUUAUGAAGAAGCCAUCUAUGGUGGGGCAGAACCGAGCAGACUCGUACGUUCUGAAGCGCGCCGAGUGCUCGUUUGGGCACAGUAACGCGAUGCAAUGUCCGGACAUGCUGCCUAUAUCGGGGAUGCUGCCCAUGGCGUGUGUUGCACACAAGUCGGCGAAGCGCCAGACAGAACACCCUUUCGCCGGAACCUGCAAGGCGCUAAAGCGGACGAAUCUGUGCCCAUUCGCGGGUGGUUACUUCGCUAAAGGGUUCGGUAAUAUCGGGAGCGCGGAUGACUACAGGCGGUGCUCGUGCGUGGAGGGGUCGGGAGGAAUCGCGCGGUUGCAAUGCGGACACGUGGUGUAA